UUCUUUGCAUAUCAUGUGAUUAGUAGAAAUGAUGCCUUCCAAAUCAUUGGAUUCAGGAGUUCCAAUCACCUCCAUGGCCACAGGUAUAUAAAAUCAAGCCCCUAGGCAUGCAGACUGCUUCUACAAACAUUUAUGAAAGAAUGGGUCGCUCUCAGGAGCUCAGUGACCCCAAGCGUGGUCCCGUGAUAGGUUGCCACCUGUGCAAUAAGUCCAUCCAUGACAAUUCCUGGCUACUAAAUAUUCCACACUCAACUGUUAGUGAGAUUAUAACAAAGUGGAAGCAACUGGGAACAACAACUCAGCCCAUGAAGUGGUAGGCCACGCAAAAUGACAGAGCGGGGUCAGCACUCUCACAGUCACACUAUAAGUUGCUGAUUACUGCCAUUACUAGUAUAUCAUCUAUAGCUGGGUAAAUUCCAGUAUAUAAGUGGUCUCCAAACUGUGCCC